AUGGAAUCCUCAAACUCAAAGGGUGGGAUAGGCACCUUACAGCUGCUGCCACCAGAGAUUCGGAACUCCAUCUUCACCAACCUAAACAAUCCUUCCCUCAAGAGUCUCCGAUUAACAUGUUCAAAUCUGGGACGAACUGUCCCCUUAAACAUUGAUCGCGUGUUUAUAUCGGCCAAUUCUCUCAAUAUCCAAGUCUUCCGUAUUAUCGCGGAUAGUGAGAAGUACCGACACAAAGUCACCGAGAUCAUCUGGGAUGAUGCACGGCUAUCAGAAGGCCCAAAAGAGCCAGAAGAGCCAGAAAUGAUGGAAGUAGACCAAGUAAUUCCAGAAGGCCUAGAAGUCCCAGAAGACAUAGACGAGGUGCCAGAACCACUCGACCCUAACGAGGUUGUGGCAAGCAACGGAUGCCCUCGCUGGUUCACCCAACGCUCUGCAGAUAAUGGGGUCGGAAUCAAUAACUUUGAUCCCCCCGACGACAGCAUGGGCUUCGCACAAUCAUGGGAUUACUACAAGGCGCUUUUGGAAGACCAGCGCGAGAUCUUGGAAUCGAACCAAGAUAUUCAGGCCUUCCAAUAUGGCUUGCAGCGAUUCCCUAAUCUCAAGAGAGUUACAAUCACACCUUCAACACACGGUCGCAUAGGCCAGCCGAUGUUCGAGACUCCCAUGAUAAGGGCCUUUCCUCCUGGUUUCACGUACCCAUUGCCAAGGCCCUGGCCAUAUCAUGGACUUGAUGUUUUUUUGCUUACAGACAUUCCCUGGGUAUCUGCUACACCCGGCCAUGAGGAGGAAAUAUCCUAUUGGCGCGGUUUUCGUGUUGUGACGCGAGCCUUGGUGGAAUAUGAAAAAUUCCACCGGGUCACGGAACUCAUAAUUGGUGGUAGAGAGAUCAUGACAGGGGUAAACUGCCAUGUUUUUGAUCAGAGGUGCAGAGAGUACAAUGAUCUGGCUCGGUUGCUCAAACGACCCGGCUUUAGUCGUCUGGACCUUGACCUUCAGACGUUCGAGAUCGAACGCGAUGGCAUCGGCUGGAAAUCCUAUCGGACCGGUCUCUUGCGCGAAGCCCUGGCGCAAGCAAAGGAUCUUCGGCAUCUUUCUCUACGUACCACAACAGACACAAAGGAUCCAUUUUGGUGGAUUGCGCAGCUUCCGACAACGGGGACUAUCCCAGAUCGCACAAUUCCUUUGAGAAUGGUCCUCCCUUUGGAAGAUUGGCCCAAUUUGCAGCACUUUGGCAUAUCCAACAUGCUCGUCACGACGAGAGAUCUAAUUUCAGUUCUUACGGACUUGCCACGGUCUUUACGAUCCGUUGAGCUAAGCAAUUUGGCAUUUGAUGGCGACUGCUGGCGGGGGCUGCUCAACGAGAUGCUUGCCAAGCUAGAUUGGCGCACGAGGCCUGUGGGGGAGAGGCCUACAGUGCACAUCCCAAUCGCAACAUUAUAUAGAACUUUCGAUUUUGGGUUAUAUGUCGACCUUGAUAAUGCGGUUAGUUCUUUUCUGUAUGAAGAUGGGGAGAAUCCCUUCCCAGACCCUACAGGAUUGCAUAAUAGCGAGGCGCAUCUCAUUCCUCGAGGGAUCGUAGGCACAGAGAGAGAUUUCUUUGAUCCAGAUUUCUCAGCUCCCUAUGAAUUCACGGAUAAGAGUGAAUUAUAG